CAAACUUUUAAAAUAUUGAAAUCAGCGUAUAUCAAUUUUCAACUGCCGAGCUGCACCUGAGUCCUGCGACCAUCCCACCGACAAAUAGAGACGGCUGCGAGUCCUGCGACCAACCCACCCCACCGCCGCACGCCUCCUACGACCUCCGCCGGCAACCCGAAUUAACUUGACAUUUAAGGAAAUGAGAAGUUCUUUCUGGGACAUCCAAACAAGGAAAGUGGGAAGUUCAUUGCGGGACGGAGGGAGUAUUAAAUUUUUGGCCCACUUUGGAUUAGAAUGCUAGAUCUGCCCCUAUAGCUAGGUUAUUUGUUUCGUAACGGCGUUGCAUUUUCGUCUACGUCAUUUAUUGUUUUUACACAUUUGACCCUUUGGAUCGACGGUCCUUCUCAUCUACUUGUAACCAUCUCUCUAUAAAUACUGUACCAAGAGUACAUUUAUAGGUUAAAGGCUCUGGUCGGAUUCAACGGUGACAACUUUAGAUCCGAUGGAGGCAAGGAAGCCUGGUUUGAUUGCUCUGUUUGAUGUUGAUGGUACCCUUACCGCGCCGAGGAAGAAAGCGACAUCAGAGAUGUUGAAGUUCAUGCAGGAACUGAGGAAGGUAGUCACAGUUGGUGUUGUUGGAGGUUCUGAUCUUGCAAAGAUAUCAGAACAGCUUGGAGAAUCUGUAACAAAUGAUUAUGAUUAUGUAUUCUCUGAGAAUGGGCUAGUUGCGCAUAAGGAUGGGAAGCUAAUUGGAACACAGAGCUUGAAGUCUUUUCUCAGGGAAGAAAAACUUAAGGAAUUCAUCAACUUCACCCUCCAUUAUAUUGCUGACUUGGAUAUUCCGAUAAAAAGGGGAACAUUCAUUGAAUUCCGCAGUGGCAUGCUUAAUGUGUCUCCAAUUGGUAGAAAUUGUAGCCAGGAAGAGCGAGAUGAGUUUGAGAAGUAUGAUAAGGUUCACAAGAUACGAGAAAAACUGGUAUCAAUUCUUAGAGAAAAAUUUGCUCACCACAACCUCACCUUUUCCAUUGGGGGGCAAAUUAGCUUUGAUGUUUUCCCUCAAGGAUGGGACAAGACAUAUUGCUUGAAAUACCUUGAUGAAUUUAAUGAAAUUCAUUUCUUCGGAGACAAAACAUAUAAGGGUGGAAAUGACUAUGAGAUCUUUGAAUCUGAGAAAACUGUGGGCCACACAGUUACCAGCCCGGAUGAUACAAAGAAGCAAUGCACAGAGAUUUUCCUAUGAAAAGAAUGCAUAGAAGGCUAAAGUUCAUAUUACUCAUAAAUAUCUCAAUUUGUCCCUAUUCUGCUAUGUUGUAACUUGUAAUGUUAUUCCUACUGGUAUAAGCAAACGUUUGUUGUUGUUGUUGUUGUACUCUUAAAUUAAAUAAAUAAAAGCCUUCUUGUCAUUCAUAUCCAAU